AUGCAUUCGGAAGGUGGGGGUCUUAGGACACCAAAGAUGGGAUUGGAAGUUGGAGCUUUGAAUUCGAAGAUGAAUGGUGGUGGAAACCUAAGCAGUAAAGAUAUGAUGUUCAGAGCAGAUAAAAUUGAUCUGAAGAGUUUGGAUGCCGAGCUAGAAAAGCACUUGAGCAGGGUUUUGUCCAGAAGCAUUGAGGCUAAAAGGCCCAAAGAAGAGUGGGAGAUUGAUUCAGCCAAAUUGGAUAUACGAUAUGUUGUAGCUAAUGGGGCCUAUGGUACUGUCUACAGGGGCACUUAUGACGGUCAAGAUGUUGCAGUGAAAGUGUUGGACUGGGGUGAGGAUGGUGUUGCCUCUGCUACUGAAACUGCUGCUUUACGAGCAUCAUUUCAGCAGGAGGUUACUGUCUGGCGGAAUCUUGAUCAUCCGAAUGUCACAAAAUUUAUUGGAGCUUCAAUGGCCACUUCAAAUCCUAAGAUUCCCUUAAAAGCUGGUCGUCAAGAUUCCCUUCCUUCCAAGGCAUGUUGUGUUGUUGUUGAGUAUGUACCCUGUGGGACACUAAAACAAUACUUGUUCAAAAAUAGGCGGAAAAAACUUGCAUAUAAAGUUGUGAUUCAGCUGGCGUUGGACCUCUCUAGAGGUCUUAGUUAUCUACAUUCGAAGAAAAUUGUUCAUCGUGAUGUAAAAUCUGAAAAUAUAUUGUUAGAUGCCAAUCAAAAUUUGAAAAUUGCUGAUUUUGGUGUUGCUCGGGUUGAAGCUAUAAAUCCAAAUGAGAUGACGGGUGAAACUGGAACCAUUGGAUAUAUGGCACCAGAGGUUCUAGAUGGUAAGCCUUACAACAGAAGAUGUGAUGUAUACAGCUUUGGCAUUUGCUUGUGGGAAAUCUAUUGCUGCGAUAUGCCUUAUCCAAAUCUAAGCUUUGCUGAUGCGUCAUAUGCGGUUGCUCAUCGGAAUUUACGACCAAAGAUUCCUAAAUGUUGUCCAAAUGCCUUAGCAAACAUAAUGCGAAAAUGCUGGGAUGGGAAACCAGAGAGUCGUCCAGAAAUGCAUGAGGUGGUGAGAAUGUUAGAAGCAAUUGAUACGAGCAAAGGAGGUGGAAUGAUACCCGAAGAUCAGACUCCAUUUUGUUUUUGCUUUGUACCUCUUCGUGGUCCCUAA